AUGGAGGCACGCAAGCCAUCACACCGCGUCAAGGCGGACGACUGGUCCUCGGUUACGCCACAUGCGCUCCAGUUUCUCACGGGCGAAUCAGUCCCAGCUGCAACAUCUGGUUCGAAUCCCACAAUUGGCCUAAUCCGACACUCCUCUCGCCGUCUAGUCUGUCCACGCCCGUUUGUCGAUUCACGGCCUCGAAUUCAUCAGUGGUGCUGGCUACUUGCUCCACCGGGUUCCAAUUGUACGGACAGUCAGUUGGUGGAACGGUUCCGUUGUGAGACAAAUGAAUUGGCCGAACUGUUUGCUGAAUGGGUCCGAGCUCCACGAGGUUUGGGCGGACUAGCUGAUUCGUUGUGGUUGGUAACCACGGCCUCAGUGGGGCGUCCAGGGCGUCGUAAAAUGGACAAACUAAGCGCGGGUAAAUCUGCCAAACAAUCCGGAGUGGAUGACGAGAGUGAUGAUGGGAGUGAUUCAGCGGAAAUGGAAGACCGACGGUUGGACUCGGAGGAUGAACAAAAGCGAUUGCGUAUUGUAGCUGAUGACUCCGGUUCGGAAGGGGAUUAUUCCGGUGGGCAGAAAAAGGCCAAACGAAAGCCUGUGAAAUCGCGGUUGGAUCGACCGCAAACAACACAUAUCUUGGAUGACUCCAUUCCGCCUCCUCUAUAUCCGACAACUUGGCGAUUACGGCCUUUCACAGAAGAACAAAGACGACAGUUCCAAAUGCAGGAAGCCGAACGAUUCUCUAGACCAUGGGCAUCAUUCGUUUAUCGCAUUCAGGAUUACGCAUCUGUGGUUGGUCCCUUGCGUUCCGCCCCAAGUGCAUCCAAUCAACGCGCUCCACUAGUCGCACGUUCUUAUCCGAUGCAAUCACGUGCUCGAGAGCACCCACUCUUGCGUCCGGAUCGUCCGAAUUUUGUCAGUUUGGCCGAGAUAGUACGAGAUGCAGUUGCCUGUUUGCCAAACGGUGAGGGCACACGUGCCGAUAUCACCACUCUGGUCCAAAACAGUGGUUAUCUUUUGCCUUCAUUUGAUCAGCGCAAACUUCAACAAUGUGUCAGCUCCGCUCUGGAUCGUCUCCAAGGCGAAGCCGCCGACCCCUCCGUCUACUUCAAUGUGAAUCGCCGCAUGUGGAUCUAUCGACAUCGACAUCGUACUGUGGAGGAAUUCGAACUCGGUUGCGCUAUGCUAAUGUUCUUUUUUUCAAUGCGCACUUUCGCGUUAUAA